UCGCUAUACAUCACCGUCAGCAGCGCCACAGCAGAACGGAGGAAUAAUUCAAAUCUAAAAUUAUAAAUUAUUGUCGUCCAAUUGCACAGUGCAACAGUCAAUCGUUGGGCCCCGGGAAGCGCAAUUCGUGUCGAUUUGUUGGUGAAGAUGGCGUUUGAAACCAUGCGAUCAGAGCCGUUGCAAUCAAUUCCGAAGACGUUCGCCGGGGUGGAUGUGUUCAUAACCGGUGGUUCUGGUUUCAUGGGAAAAGUGCUGAUAGAGAAGCUUCUGCGGUCGUGUCCCGAUAUUGGAAAGGUGUUUGUUCUGUUGCGCGAGAAGAAGGGAAAGUCCAGCGGUGAACGUGUUCAGGAUUUGGUGGGAAUCCCGUUGUUCGACAAGAUACGCGAGUCUUGUCCAGAUGUUAUCCAGAAGCUAGUUCCCAUCGCAGGGGAUUGUUCACUGUUGAAGUUGGGCUUACACGAGGACAGUUUAGAACAGAUGAAAAAUGUGCAGAUUGUGUUUCACGCGGCCGCCAGUGUACGAUUCGAUGAUCCUUUGUACAAGGCCAUUUUGCUGAAUACCCGUGGAACGCGCGAAGUUUUCAGAUGGGCCAAGACGCUGAAGAACCUUCGUGCGUUGGUGCAUAUUUCGACGACGUACUGCAAUCCAGAGAUAUUCGAAGUCGAGGAGUGCAUAUAUCCGGCCAAGAUGGACUGGCAGAAGGCUAUUGAGAUUGCCGAGCAGCUGGAUCCGGAAGUCGUGGAAACGUUGUCCCAAAAAUUAACCAGCUUUUCACCCAACACGUACACCUUCACCAAAGGCCUAGCGGAGCAGAUUUGCUACGACUACCACCAGGAACUACCGGUGGUCAUUUUCCGACCCUCGAUCGUUACCAACGCGGAAAAAGAACCCCUGCCCGGGUGGAUCGACAACUUCAACGGCCCAAUCGGACUGCUCGUCGGUAUGGGAACCGGAGUGGUGCGAACGGGGUGUAUCAAGCUGGAAAACAACCGUAUCAACUGCAUUCCGGUAGACGUGAGCAUCAAAGCCAUCAUAAUAGCUGCGUGGAAGCGGGCCAAUAGUAGCAGCUCCCAGCCAAUGCUGCCCAUCUACAACAGUGCCGCCGAAGUGUACAAAACGGCCAGCUAUCGGUUUUUGGUAGACGAAUGUGAAGAGCUGUACCACAAAACACCGUCAUCGCAGAUGUUCUGGGCUCCAGGCGGACUGAAUACCAAUUGCGUGGCAGCGUUUUGUGUGGUGUUCUUCUUCUCUCAAAUUGUACCUGCGGUGCUUUUGGAUACGUUGCUCAAACUUUGUAGACGCAAGCCGAUAAUGUUACGAUUACAGAGGAAAAUCUUCGACGCAACCAUUUCGCUUCUGUACUUUACCGAGAAUGAGUGGGUAUUCAAGACCGAUAACUUCCGUGGGUUGCAGGUGGAUUUGCUGGAACAGGACAGAGAGGCCUUCGACAUUAGCUACAUAUCGCAAGGCCUCAUUCCGUACUACGCUGAUGCAAUUCUGGGAGUUCGGCGCUAUUUGUUUAGGGAAAAAGACGACACGAUUCCGGUAGCUCGAAAGAAAAUGAUGCGUUUUGUCUGGAUGCAUAGAGCGAUGAAAUAUACUUUAUUUUCCUAUAUUAGCUAUGUGAUUUUCUGUUUGUUUUAAGGUUUGCUUGCAUCUAUGAAUAAAAAUAAUUUGUUCCAGCAGA